AUGGAGUGGAUAGAGACGAGAGCUUUGAAGUCCAGUGCCCUGUCCCAGAUGAACGCCAAUCACAACGACGACGUUUGGUGCUUCGCCGGAGUCAACGCCGCCGUCAUCCCCUCCUCGGACGAAAAUUUCCCCGUCGACGACCUCCUCAACCUCGAUUUCUCCGAUAAGGACCACCUCGAAACGUGCUUUACGAAAUCGAAGGACGAGGAAAGCGUUUUCCUCGAAACCAAUUCGAAUCACUCCACGACAACUUUCUCCGGCGCCGGCGCCGACGAAUUCGAUAGCAUUUCCGCCGCCGGUGAACUCGUCGUCCCGGCCGACGAUUUGGAGAAUUUGGAGUGGCUGUCGCAAUUCGUCGACGACGAUUCCACGGCGGGGCUCUCCCUGUUAUGCCCGGUCGGAAUUUUACCGUCCAACGGCGGGGUAAUCCAGGGCAAAAGAGCCGAACGCGUGAACCGCCCGGUUCACAAGAUUAGCGUUCCGUUUUUGUCCUCGCCGAUCCCGAGAAAACCGAGGACCAAGCUCCUCACGAGGCCGCGCGUGCGGCGGCCGUACUGGUUGUGCGAGGUCGAGAAAUCGGCGGUUCCCGAGGCCGACCGGUUCAUCGGGGUCAGGAAACCGCCUGUCAAGCGGCGGAGGAAGGCGCCGGAGGAAGACGCCGGCCGGAGGUGCACCCACUGCCAGGUCAGCAAGACGCCUCAGUGGAGGACCGGGCCUCUCGGCCCAAAAACGCUGUGCAACGCCUGCGGCGUGCGGUUCAAAUCGGGCCGGCUUUUCCCGGAGUACAGGCCGGCCUGCAGCCCGAGUUUUUCCAAGGAGAUGCACUCGAACAGCCACCGGAAGGUGCUGGAAAUGCGGCGCAAGAAGGAGGUUUGUGAAGGCGCUUGA